AUGACAGCAGUCAAUGGACUUUCAAAUGCGAAACCGGGCAAGAAAAGCCUCGUGCUCAAUGCCUUCGUCGAAAGCUGCGGAUACGACGUCUAUAAUGGUCCUCGUAAUCUUGAUCCGGCAAUCCGCUCCGGCGCUCAAUGGCCUGUGAAUGAACCCCUUGCUAUUGUUCCACCCAUGGCGGCAGUGACGAAGAACCUCGGAUUUGGUGUGACGGUGGCCACAACUUAUGAGCAGCCAUACCAUCUUGCGCGUAGGUUGUCCACGAUUGUCACUGGCUACCUCGAUUCCGCGGCUAGGAACUUGGGUCAUACUGAACAGCCCGAACAUGACGAAAGGUACGCAAUCGCAGAGGAAUAUCUCGAGGUCAUGUACAAGCUUUUCGAAUCAUCCUGGAGGGAAGACGCAGUGGUUUUAGAUGCGAAAAGAGCUGUCUACACAGAUCCAACGCGUGUCCGUGAGAUCAAUCACGUUGGAAAACACUAUACCGUUCCAGGGCCACAUAUCUGCCAACCCAGCCGCCAACGGACGCCAGUGCUGAUGCAGGCCGGAACCUCAAAGGCCGGGAAAACAUUUGCCGCCAAACAUGCUGAAGCCAUCUUCGUUGCUGGCCAUAGCCCAUCCGUGAUCGCAAAGAAUGUGGCAGAGGUACGAGCGCUGGCAAAGGAACUUGGAAGAGCUCCUCAGAACAUCAAGUUCCUGGCAUUGAUAUGUCCCAUACUAGGCAAGACGGAAGAGGAGGCGCAGAAGAAGUUUGAUGAGUACAGCGCUUUUGGUUCUAUCGAAGGUGCGUUGGCUCUGUUUGGCGGAUGGACUGGAAUCGAUUUGGCCAAGUAUGAUGACGAUGAGGAGCUUCGGCAUGUUGAGAGCAACGCUAUUCGAUCUGCCGUGGAAGCAUGGUCAAAGUCAUCUCCGGGCGUGGCUAAGUGGACCAAGCUCACCGUUGCCAAGCAUAUUACUGUUGGAGGCUUAGGCGCGACCGUGGUCGGAACUGCUGCUCAGGUUGCCGACGAAUUUGAAAGAUGGAUCGAUGAAGCAGAUGUAGAUGGCUUCAACAUCGCCUAUGCUAUCAAACCUGGCACGUUUGAAGAUGUGAUCGAGCUACUGCUCCCAGAGUUGCGAGCGCGAGAUCUCUUCUGGGAUGAUUAUGCAGUGGAGGGUGGGACAUAUAGAGAAAAUAUAUAUAAACAGAAAGGUCAGAGCGGGUUGCUACCUGACCAUCCAGCUUCGGGAUAUCGCUGGAAAGCCGAAUGA